GCAGGUUUCAGCGCCUGGACUUUGUCUACCUCAACGCUGGGAUCAUGCCCAACCCGCACGUGAACUUCAAGGCUCUGUGGCACGGUCUCCUCAGCGGGAAGGUGCUCCACAUGCUGACCACCGCAGAAGGCAUCAUGACCCAGACGGACAGGCUGAAUGGAGAUGGGCUCCAGGAGGUGUUUGCUACCAACCUCUUUGGACACUUCAUGCUGGUUCGUCAGCUUCAGGCUCUGCUCUGCGGUAACGAGAAGCCCUCGCGACUCAUCUGGACCUCCUCCAGCAAUGCCAGGGAGUCUGCCUUCAGCCUCUCUGACUAUCAGCAUGCCAAGGGGCAGGAAUCAUACAGCUCCUCUAAAUAUGCCACUGACCUGACAAGUGUGGUUCUGAACAGGAAAUUUAAUGGCCAGGGUCUGUAUUCCAGUGUUGUUUGUCCUGGGCUCGUUAUGUCCAACAUGACCUACAGAAUUUUGCCCAUUUUUCUGUGGAAGCUGCUAAUGCCCAUCAUGUGGUUGAUCCGAUUUUUUGCCAAAACUUAUACUCUGACACCCUAUAAUGGAGCAGAAGCUCACGUGUGGCUGUUCAAGCAGAAGCCAGAGUACCUGGAUUCUCUUGUCAAGUACCACAGCUGCACUUCUGGGCUGGGGAGAUGCUACGUGGAGCCUCGGAAGAUGGAUGUGGAUGAAGACACUGCCGAGAAAUUUUACCAGAAGCUGCUGGAGCUGGAGGAGCAGACUCUAGAGAAAUACCGUGAUCUCUUAGAUUAAGUAAAGCCAUCUCAGUGGGGUGAGAGUCUUGUAUCAAUGACCUGGGAUUUCUUCAUUCUGGUGCUACCUGUGGUGCCAGCAGGCACACGGCUUCAGACGCAAUCAAUCUUCCUUCUCCACAGAAGGUGAACAGUUCCUGAAAAUGGAAGUGUGAAAACUGAAGAGAAGUGCUUAGACCUUUUGCUAUGAGAUUUUUCUUUAGGAGAAACUGGAGACCUCGAGUAGGCAGAGUCUGUCUUCACACAGUUGCGAAGCAGUGUCUUGCGAAAGCGUGACCGAGCUGUGCGUGGCUCGGGAGCAGCCUCGAGCCCUGUGCUUUCCAUCUGGCUCAGGGCAGCACAGGCAGCACCCUGGGCUGCUGCCCUGCAUCCUGCCUCUGCUGGCGUUUGUGGCUGGCUCAAACACAUCUCCUGUGGCUGAUCCUGAUGUACUUGAAGGCUCACCUUCAGCAGAGCUGCCCUUGUUCACGGAACUGGGGCUGGCUGUGCAGACCUGCUCAGCAAGCUGGAGCCUCUCUGGCAGGCAGGGUCUGGCCAGCAGCUGAACCCAAGCUCCUGAGGAGCUGGCCUGAGGAGCACACGCCUGCCUCAACUGUGAGAACAGAUGCCUCGCUGUCCCCUGGCUACGGGCACUGGAGGGUUUUAACCAUGACUGGCUUGAAAGGAUGAUGCUGACCUGGACUGGGGGCCAGUGUGCUCUGUUUAGAGCAAGAGUGAGAGGUUACCAUGUUCUUUUACCUAUUUAACUCUUUUUAUAUAAAUCUGUUGUACCAACCAUUCUUCCUGUUGUUUAUCUGGGGACCUUCACCAAGUACCUGCCACCAAGUAACUUCAAGUGCUGUAAUGAAUAAAUGACUGAAACUGGUUUGUCCUUGA